UCUUUUCAUUCAGUUCAAAAGCCAGUUUCAAACACGUUGUUUUUUUUUUCUCAGCUGAAUAUUUCAAUAGUUUCAGCAACAAUGUCUUCAAUUCAGCGUCUGAGGGAGUUUAUCAGAGAGCGACUAACUGCUGCUGCUGAAGAAAUCUUCACAGAGGUUGAAAAAACCAUCGUCCGCCACGAGGAAGACAUCAGACUGAUGGAAACCUGUUGGAACCCGCAGAUAAAACUCCACAGAAUCGAACUUGAAAAGCAGCAUGUCUACAAGGAGGAGAAGGUUCCUAUGGACCAGCAUCUCCAUGAACAAGAGAAUAAAUGCAGCCUGGACCAUCUGGAACCAAAACCUCCAGUGAGUAAAGAGAAACAAGAGGAAUCAGAUUCUCCUCUAAUUAAAGUGGAGCAAGAGGAAUCAGGACCGCCGCUGAUUAAAGAACAAGAGGAACCAGGACCGCCGCUGAUUAAAGAACAAGAGGAACCAAACUCUCCUCUGAUCAAAGUGGAACAAGAGGAAGACCUGCAGCAGGACACUGAAUGUGUGACUCCUGGUUCUAAGGAAAGAAACCAGUGUGAAGCUGAUGAACCCCAUAAUAAUGAAGCCAUCCUCCACUGCCCUCCUGUUCCUGAGGCCAGAGAUCCAGCUGCAAGUGAGAACCGAGAUCCAGGAUCCGAGAAAACUGCAGAGCUGAAACCAAAGAAGAGAAAUCCUCAAAAAGGAAGUAAAAAGAAACAAACGUCAAAGAAUCCAUCCAGUAAAUCCAAACAAUCAGUCCAGUGUGGCAUUUGUAGCAAAUUCCUAAACUCCAAGUCCUACUUGAAGGUUCACUUGAGAAGACACACGGGUGAGAGGCCGUUUGCUUGCACUCGUUGUGAUAAAAGGUUUUAUCAGAUGUGUAAUCUGAAACAUCAUGAAAGAAGCCACACAGGGGAGAAGCUGUAUUUCUGCAAAAUAUGUGGAAAGAGCUUCAGUUAUCGCACUCCUUUCAAAUUCCACAUGAAAAUCCACUCUGACGAGAAACCGUACCGCUGUGAAACCUGUGGAAAUAGCUUCAGAAGCAGCGAUAAGUUAUUGAUACAUGUGAGGACCCACACCGGAGAGGAGCCAUACCCGUGUGACAUCUGUGACAAAAGAUUCAAGGAGUCAUCAAAGUUAAAACGGCACCGGAGGACCCACACAGGAGAGAAGCCAUACAGGUGUGACACGUGUGGGAAAAGUUUCACGGCCAACAGCAGUCUGAGGAGCCACAUGAGGAUCCACACGGGAGAGAGGCCCUAUUCCUGUGAGACAUGUGGCCUUUGGUUCAGAAACAACAGCAACUUGACUGUCCACAUGAGAAUUCACACCGGAGAGGAACCGUACUCCUGCAGCAUAUGUGGGAGGACAUUUAAAGGUUCAUCGCAUUUGAACAUCCACAUGAAAAGCCACAAGCUUGAUAAAAGUUCUUAGCCUCAUGUGAUCUCGGCUCAAUGAUUCGCUCUGAAUAUUAGAACUGGAAACAUUUUAAAGGUCCAAUCCAAAAUUAUUCAUACUUCUUAACCACAUUUUCCUUCUGAUUAGAAGUAUUAUUAACAAGGGCGUAGGUUUGAUUUGAACU